AUGGGUAAAUCUGUCAAUGUUGCUAUUAUUGGAUCCGGAGUGGUUGGAUCUGCUUACAUUAACCAAUUGAAGAGCUUAAAGACAAGCAUCGCUUUUAAUGUUGUCUACUUGGCCAGGUCUUCAAAGGAAGCACUUUACAAUGAAGAUUACAAGCCAAUCGAUUUGACCACUUACAGGACGGCACCAGCAAAGUCAGUUUUGAGUUUGGAAAAGUUGGCUGCAUACUUAAAGGGUGCUCACAAGCCAACAAUUCUUGUUGACAACACCUCAAACGAGGAAAUUGCCAACAGUUAUCCCUCAUUCAUCAAGGACGGAAUUUCAAUCGCCACACCAAAUAAAAAGGCGUUCUCCUCAUCUUUGAAAAUUUGGAAUGACAUAUUCUCCGGCUCUGAGCAAGAAGGAGCUGGGUUAGUUUACCAUGAGUCGACCGUGGGUGCAGGCUUGCCAAUUAUUGGUCCAUUGAAAGACAUUGUCCUAACUGGUGAUAAAGUGGAAACGAUUGAAGGUAUCUUCUCCGGUACUUUAUCCUACAUAUUCAAUGAGUUUUCUACGCCUGAGAAAUCGGAUGUACAAUUCUCUGAUAUUGUCACCAAAGCCAAAAGUUUGGGAUACACUGAGCCAGAUCCAAGAGAUGAUUUAAAUGGAUUGGAUGUGGCUAGAAAGGUCACUAUUCUUGCUAGAAUCGCGGGAUUUGAUGUCGAAAGCCCAACAAGUUUCCCAGUUGAGAGUUUGAUUCCAAAGCAAUUGGAAAGUGUUUCAAGUGCCGAUGAAUUUUUACAAAAAUUGCCACAAUUCGACGCUGAUAUACAAAAAAUCAAAGAUGAAGCAUUUGCUGAUGGCAAGGUUUUGAGAUUUGUUGGUAAAGUUGAUCUCAAGAAUGACAAGGUUUCAGUUGAGAUUGGAAAAUACCCAUUUGACCAUCCAUUUGCAUCCUUGAAAGGAAGUGAUAAUGUCGUUGCAAUCAAGACUGACAGAUACCAUAAUCCACUCAUUAUUCAAGGUGCCGGUGCAGGUGCAGAGGUUACUGCGCAUGGUGUUUUGGCAGACACUAUAAAAAUCGCUGAAAGAAUCGCAAACUAG